CCCGCCCUCGGCGUCUGCGGAUUGGAUGGCUGGGUGUGAUGUCACGCGGCUCGCGUCAGCGGAACCUAGCCAAUCACAGGGUUGGCGUAUUUUACAAACUGGGGAAGCCGCAGCAGCAGAAACCCAGAAAAUCGGCGAAAAAGCUGAGAGGGUAGAGGUGACCCCGAGGGGCUCCUGGAGAGCCGCCAUGACUACCCUCCACACUAGGAAGGAGCCCCUCCUCCGAGGUGUGUCUCCCACCCCUAGCAAGAUUCCAGUACUCUCUCAAAGAUGCCCAGAUUUCUCUUCAGUCAAGUCGUGCUCUCAGGACCGGGAGAACCAAGAUCCAAGGAGACUGUCUCAGAAAGUCAGUACUCCGCAUCCGCUCAUCGGCUCAGCAGCCCCCAGAUCGAAAACCCUGCACCACACAGAGAAAUCACAGAAAUUGGGGAUCACUCGGCUGCGGAACCCUUUGGAGGAACUCAAGCCUAGCUGUGGGGGAGCAAAUGUGGAACAUGUGUCUCACACCCAGACAGAGGCUUCAGGGGCUAUAGAAUUUGUUGCUGACCCUGCAGCCCUGGCCACCAUCCUGUCAGGUGAGGGGGUGAAGAGCUGUCCCCUGGGGCGCCAGUCCAGUCUGGCUCAGAGAGUACUAGUUCGAGGGAGCAAGGGAGGCACCACCCAGAAGGGCAAGGGUGCUAGGUCUUCCGCAUACCUGGCCCCCAGAACUCCCAUCCAUCAACUGGAUCCAGCCAGGGCUUCCUGCUUCUCAAGACUGGAGGGAUCAGGAUCCCGAGGCCACACUUUGUUCCCACAGAGGAUAGAGACUCUAAGUCUACCUUCAGGAUCUUCUCAUCCCACCACUCGCCCCAGUUUACAGGAGAUAAGAAGAGAGACGUGUGACAAUAGCAGGACUUCAGCAAACCAGGCCUCCAGAUUGCUCCUGAAGACCCCAGUUCAGCCUGGUGAGUGUGUCUGGAUAUGGGAGAAGGAACAAAAAGCCAGGGCGAGUGAACUGCCUGCACCAGGAACAAGACAAGGAAAAGGCCAACAGGUCUUGAGCAACAGCGGAGUGAGGAAGCAGGGAGAACAUGAGGCUGUCCCUCAUUCAGAUGAAAGAGGAAGAGCCCUUCUGGGUCUGGCUCAACGAGUACCAUUAAGAGGAACUGGAGAAAGAAUGCACACCAGGACCUCAUAUUCAUCCUUGAAACAGCUCACCAUUCGGCCGAAAACCCAAUGCACGCCCCUCCGAUCAUUACCCAGAGUUCAGCAAACCCAGUGGCUGAGUGGCCUCUCCCCUCACUCCUCCCCUGAAGAGCCUGCCAUGCCUUGGGAGCAGAUUGCUGUAAGGUUGUUUGACCAGGAGGGUUGUAUCACACUGCAGAAGGGGUCUGGGAAACCCUCUGUGGCAAGUACUUCUGGACCUCACCCCAGCAAAACCCCCAACCACCAGGAGCUGAAGAUGCAGCGCAUCAGUCUUCUGCAGCAACUCCUGCAACAGGAGAUAGAGGGGCUGGCAGUGGACAAAUGUGCCCCUCUUAAUGGAGGCUCUGCUCUAGAGAUGACUAAACUUCAGCCCUUGCUGGCUGACAUUUCUAAAACUCUGAGUGCUCCAGAACACAAUUCUGGAACUUCCCUUCUUGGACUGUCAAAACACUCUGGUGUGACAGAGCCGUACCUUGCAGAAGAGUGUGAGGAGCCACAGCCCCACCUUGCAGAAAAGCAUGGGGAACCACAGGCCUGCACUGGGAAGGAGACUAAGGUGGUUCAACCCAGCUCUACCACAGAACCACAGCCUCCAGUGCCAUGCUGGAUAGCUGGGCCAGAGCAACUAGACCCUUGUCUUCCAGCACUGCCUGGGCCUCUUCUGCCCAGUUCUCAAGGACAGGCUGGUUCCCUUGAGGCCUGCCCUAGGAUAGAGCUGGGACCAUCAGCAGCCUACUCUCUGGAAGCUAGCAAUCCAGAGUCUAGCCCACAGCCCUGUUGCAGUCAGGGGCCUCCAGCAACCACCAGCUUGACCUUCUCUUCACAAAGUUCACUCUGUGCCAGGCCCCCUAUCCACUCACUCCAGCCUUUGAGGUCCCCAGCAGGCCAGUCAGGCCCCAGCAGUCUAGCCCCUCGAACUCUGGCACUGAGGCAGCGCCUCAGAGCCUGUCUCACCGCCAUCCACUGCUUCCAUGAGGCUCGCCUGGAUGAUGAGUGUGCCUUCUACACCAGCCGAACCCCACCUCCUGGGCCCACCCGGGUCUGCACCAACCCUGUGGCCACAUUGCUUGAAUGGCAGGAUGCCCUGCGGUUCAUUCCAGUUGGUUCUGUGGUCCCACAGGCCUCUCCGUCAUGACUGAAGCCUCCAUGGGUCUUCUGCUCUGCUUCACUCACCCCUUCCUUCUUAGCCUUAUUUAUUGUUGCUCUGGGGGCCAACACCCUUUUUAUUCUCUAAUAAAGUUCCAAUUGGGCAGCUA